CGGCGCAGGUGCCGCGCGGCGGCGCUGUGCGGAGAGGCCGCUUCCGGCGGGGCGGCGGUUGGCGGCUGCCGGGGCGCUCGGCGGGGCCGGGCCGGGCGUUCGCGGUGUCUCCUUGUGCGUGGGCGCCUCGUCCGUCGUCAUGUCGGCCCUGGAGAAGCAGCUGCACCUGGGCCGCCUCCCGCCGCGCCCUCCGUUGCCCGGUGGCGGCGGCCAGUCCGGCUCCAAGAUGCGCAUGGGCCCUGGAAGAAAACGUGAUUUUUCACCGGUGCUUUGGAGCCAAUACUUUGAAUCAAUGGAGGACGUCGUGGUAGAAAAUGAAACCGGCAAGGAUACUUUUCGAAUUUACAAAAGCGGAUUGGAGGGGCCCGUCUUGCUGCUGUUACAUGGAGGAGGCCAUUCUGCGCUUUCCUGGGCUGUAUUUACUGCUGCAAUCAUUAACAGGAUCCAGUGCAGGAUCGUGGCUUUAGAUCUCCGAGGCCACGGGGAAACAAAAGUUCGGAAUCCUGAAGACCUGUCUGCAGAGACUAUGUCAAAAGACGUCGGCAACGUGGUGGAAGCUCUGUACGGGGACCUGCCGCCCCCCAUCAUGCUGAUCGGGCACAGCAUGGGGGGCGCCAUCGCCGUCCACACGGCCGUCGCCAACUUGGUGCCGAGUUUGCUGGGUUUGUGCAUGAUUGACGUCGUGGAAGGUACGGCCAUGGAUGCGUUGAACAGCAUGCAGAACUUCUUAAGGAGUCGUCCCAAAACGUUCACGUCGCUUGAGAACGCCAUCGAGUGGAGUGUAAAAAGUGGCCAAAUAAGAAAUCUUGAAUCUGCCAGAGUUUCUAUGGUUGGUCAAGUCAAACAGUGCGAAGGGGCUGCGAGUCCCGAAUGUCCUAAAGCCAUAGUGGAGGGUAUUAUUGAAGAAGAGGAGGAGGAGGAUGAAGACGAUGAGGAAGGGGGAGGCUCUGUCAACAAAAGGAAGAAAGAAGAUGACACAGAGGUUACGAAGAAGGAGCAUUUAUACACGUGGCGAAUUGAACUGGCGAAGACAGAAAAGUACUGGGAUGGCUGGUUCAGGGGUUUAUCAAACCUCUUCCUAAGCUGCCCGACUCCAAAGCUUUUGCUUUUAGCUGGUGUCGACAGACUGGAUAAAGAUCUAACAAUUGGACAGAUGCAAGGGAAGUUUCAGAUGCAGGUUCUCCCGCAGUGUGGUCACGCGGUCCAUGAAGAUGCUCCAGACAAGGUUGCUGAAGCCGUUGCGACAUUCCUGAUCCGUCACAGGUUUACAGAGCCCAUCGGUGGAUUCCAGUGCGUGUUUCCUGCUUGUUAAUACCCUGGUGUUCUCCGGCACUGAGUCCUGUUGUAAAUAAACUGCACCAGAGGCCACUGUGAUGUAUCCAUCUCCUUUCAUCCCUCCAGUUGAGCAGCAGUGAGAAGUUGGUGUGAGAUUCAUCCCUUUAGAACUAGUUCUCCAGAAUGUUUUAAGCGCUUAAGGACUUCCUCGCUGGGAAGCAGCUUCUACUAAAAGACCAUGAAAAGCUCUUCAGGCCCUUGGGAGUUGGUUCCUCUGCUGCCACGAGGAAGAACCUCCUGAAAUCCCGACUAAGUCCAUCAUCAAAAUGAUCUCCAUUGAUUCUCAGGCUUUUCUUGGACCCAACCGCGAAGGGGCCAUUGGCCAUCCAGGUCCACCGAGGGUAUCGCAGCGUAGCCAAAGGCUUCAGGAUUUCUCCGUGGAACCAUCUAAUCGUCUUCAAAGUGCCCCUUAGGUUUGUUUUCUUAAUAUAUGUAUUUAUUUCCCCAAAAGCAGACGCGGAAUCUUCUUCGUCGGGAGCUCAGGUUUCAUCUCGCCAACACCGGCCUUACGGGUUAAGCCGUGGGAAGAGCCUAAAUGCGACUUUCCCAGGCAGGAAAUUAAAACAAAAAGGCGAGGGGGGACCGUGAGCUCUGUUUCAGAGUCUCGCAGCUCUUUUAUUACUUUUUUUCAAGUUCUCAAUGCAAAACAAUAGCCUGGAUAACGCCGUCUCCUGCAGACGGGACCCUACGCUUGCGUUUAUGGGGAAGGCCCAAGACCAGCAGUUGCAACGUGCUCAACAGGCCGCGCUUUGUUAGGCCAUGUUUUGCCCCUGGAACAUGCUUAUUCUUCUCUUCUUGUCGCUGCUACACACAAUUGAGCCGAGAUAGCGCCUUUUGGAUGAAAAAAAUGCCAAAAGCGCCGUAGAUCAAAGCCUGGAAGAGCUUGGAGUCAAUCCCGAUGUCGACGCAGACGCGCAAGCAGCUGCCGUCGCGUUUGCUCCCCCGUAUUUGGAGGAAAGACCUUGUUUCCACCGCCGCCUCCUCGAUGGUUUCACUGCCUGCCUUCCCUGUUUCCAUGCUGUAGUUACACGGAGAGCUUUCCUUCAGGGUUAAAUUCCCCACAGAACAUUUGCUUUCACCUAAGAAUCACUCUCAAGCGUAAGAGCAGAAACAUUUUGGAGCAAUUUUCCCCAAUAUUUUGCCAGUGGAUGUCUGAAUUAAUUUUUUCUAAUUGCUUUACAUCCGUCACCCUUCGCUGUAUGACAAAGCAGCAUUUUAACGCUGUUUUGCUAAGGCAAAAACCUGGGUUUUGCCUGAUUCGAGAGCUGUGAUUUGCAUCUGUGUCCUGUGACAAAAGCCAUCACGAAUUUGAGAGGUGCAGGUGGCGAGACGGCGUGAAGAGCUCAGCAAAGCCCGGCUUAACAUCGGCGUUUACCCUGGUGGAGAAGCCGCUCGUCUCCUCUGAUUAAUUCACACGUGAGCUCUGGUUUUGGCAGUUGUGGCUUUGCUCCAUGUCCCUUCUCCGACACAUUUGGGUGGCAAAAGCCUGAAUUAGGGACAACAAAGCCCCGUUCCCAAGAUUCUCCACCCUCGUGGCAAUUCGGCCAUCGGCACUCACUUGUUCAAAGAGUAAUUCCUGGUGCCUCCCUCCAUAAGUCACCGUGUUAAUUAAUCCGCAUCAAUUUACCGUGACCUCGAUGUAACGUCCGCCCCGUUUCAGUCGCCGAUGGAUUCACUGGAUCUUCAGUAGCUGAGAUGCAAAAUAGCAUAUUCUUUUUUUCCCCAGCUGUAUCCUGAAAAUUGGCACAAUUCUCAGCCUUUUCCAGACGAUUCCUGUGUUCAAAUUGUUAGAAAUUAAACAACAACAGCGUGUGUGUGUGUGUCCGGAGUCUCUCUUCACGGGGUAGUUCAGCAUGUGCCUGUUGUCUUAUUCAUGAACGAUCCCGGUAACAUCACAUUCCUCCGUGCUCGAGUCACUCGGAGGAUGCGGCUCGGAGUGAUUCAUUGUGGUAACUCCUCGCAUUUGCCUCUCCUGUUAUCAUUUGCUUUUACAGUUUGUGAAAUCUUCCAAAACAGCGGAAGAAAAUCAGUUUUAUACCCUGCAGAAGCACCGUUGGAAAACGAACGACUGUUUCCGAAUCCCGUGGGCUCCCUGGAAUUCUAUUUUGUUGUUAACGUUUGAGAAGUGAGUGGAAAAAAAGAAUAAUAAUAAUAAUAAUAAAUAUUUCAACAGCUGG